GUGUGGGAAGACAUCGCCUGCUGUUUAUAGUAGAAACAAAGUCUUAUCUUUAAAUGUCAGCAGAAAAGAGUGUUGUCUUGUUAGGAAAGAAGCAGUAGUGUCUGAAGAAGCAGUGGAGAAACACUUGGCGCUCUUGUCGGACUCAGAACUCUUGACCUUUGUUUUUUUAAAUUACACCGGCACAACUGGGAAUCAGUUUUUGAUGUGUUUCAUUCAGCAUCAUGGCUGACUCAAGCUUCCCAUUACCUCCAGAUUCUUUCUGCCCUCUGUGUGCAGAUGGACUGAGGGACCCGGUCACCAUUCCCUGCGGCGACAUGUACUGCCUGGAGUGCAUCAAGAUCUACUGGGACCAGUUUGACCACAUGGGCGUGUACAGCUGCCCUCAGUGCCGGGCAACCUUCACACCACGACCCGUCCUGAGACGUAACAUACCAGACGUCCAGCAGCAGCCUCACCAGCGUCUUCCAGAGCUCACUCCUUUUCCCGAAAUGCGCCGGGACUCUUACUGUGACUUUUGCGUCGGCAGGCGCAACAAGGCUGUAAAGUCUUGCCUGGUGUGCCUGGCCUACUAUUGUGAAACGCACAUCAAACCCCAUUAUGAGUCAAGCACGUUCAAGAGGCACAAGCUGGUGGACGAGACGGGUCACCUGGACCGCAAGAUCUGCCCCCAACACGAGAAAGGCCUUGAGCUGUUCUGUCGCUCUGACCAGAUGUGUAUCUGUGUUCUGUGCACAGUCAGAGAACACCGCAGCCACAACAUCACUUCAGCUGAGGAGGAGCGCAUCGAGAAACAGAAAAUUCUGGUCGUGACUCAGUCUGAGGUGCAGCACAUCACUUCAGAGAGGAAGAAAGAGCUGCAGGAGCUCAAGCACAACGUCGAGGUUCUAAAAAACGCUGCCCACCGUGCGCAGACAGAAAGCGACAAGACCUUCCAUGAAAUGCUGCAGGCGGUUGAGCGCUGGAAGGCAGAAAUCAACCAGAUGAUAAUGUCCAACUUGCAGGCAGCAAUGUCACAGGCUGAAGGCUACGUGGAGCGCCUGGAGCAGGAGAUCAUGGAGCUACAGCGCCGAGAUGCAGAACUGCGACAGAUCCUUGAAACAGAAGACAACAUUCACUUCCUGCAGAAUUUUCAGACUCUGUGCGUCCCUCCUGAGGCCAUGGUCCCAAAAGUCCUCAUCAACCCUCAGUUCUCCUUUGGGGAGAUAAGCAAAACAGCCACAGAGAUGAAGGAAAACCUUGAUGACAUCUGCAAAAAGGAAUUGAGCAAAAUCUCGAAAAUAGUUAGUGAAACUCCUGUCUACAUCCUUUUGCCAAGAAAUGGAGACAAACGCCUCAAAGUUCCUUCCAGAGUUGACUUUCAGGAGCCAAAAAUGAGAGGCGACUUCCUCAGAUAUUCAUGUAAGCUAUCCUUCGACCCAAACACGGUCUACAAAGAGCUGCUCUUGUCAGACGGGAAUCAGAGGGUUACUCGAAAGAAAACCACCCAGUUUUACCCGGAUCAUCCCGAGCGUUUCGACGGCUUUUCCCAGGUGCUGUGCAAAGAGCCCCUGACCGGUUUCAGGUUUUACUGGGAGGCAGAGUGGAGCGGGGAGUUCUCAAUCGGGGUGGCCUACAAGAGCAUCAGCCGUAAAGGCAAGAACUCACACAGCCUCCUGGGUUACAACGACAAGUCGUGGAGUCUCCUGUGCUCUGACGUCGGGUACUCAGCCUGGCACAACAAAGUGGACAAAGACCUUCCAGAAGCUCCCAGAGCGACUCGAAUCGGUGUGUACUUAGAUCACGCAGGCAACACUUUGUCCUUUUAUUCUGUGUCAGACGUGAUGCAGCUCAUCCACAGAUUCAAAGCUGAGUUCAGUGAACCGUUGUAUGCUGGUUUUGGGGUUGGAUCAUCAGUAAGUCUCUGCCAACUAAAACAGAAUAACUGACUUAAACUUAAAAAAAAAGCAUUUAGUGUAAGAAGUUAAUUAGUUUUUGAUGUUUGAACUUGCUUGGACAGUGGCUCAAGUAUUUGAGUUUGUAUACUGUAAGUCAGCAAGCUUCACUUUAACCAGGAAACUAAUGGGAAAA